AUGCCGUGCCGUAUUGGUAACCGUAAUUAUAGUUAUCAAUAUAAUAUUUUAAAACUAAGAUAUUAUCCAGCAGUAAAUAUACAACAAACACAACGAAAAUUUGCUUCUGAUAUUUAUACUUAUUUCAAAGAUUUGUUUGAAAAGUAUAAUUUUACUGAUGCAAACUUGAAUUGUCUAGAGUUGAAUGUUUUUAAUGAACAAGUCAAAGUCAAGUUUACUGAAUCAAAUAAUGAAUUGGCAUCUUUAACUCAUCUUGAUUCUUAUAUUUAUGCAUGUAACAGAGGAUUAAUCUCACAAGACAGUUAUAGAUAUUUAGCAGCUAUUCAAUCAUCAUUAGAAUGUGAGCAUAUUAUAUCUGCACGACGAAAGAAAAUUAAUAAAAUUAUGCAAGAAAAAAUUCCAAUUAAGAGUUUUAAUAUUAAUUCUAUAUCUGAAUUUUCUUUUAUUAUUGAAGAAAAUGAAGACAUAUAUAUUAAUAAAACUCAAAUAGGAAAUGGUGCAAUAUGA